AUGUGAAGCCCAUGGGACAACGAGAGUGAGGACGACGCGACGAGGAGUCCAUUAGAGGGGGAAACGAAUCCACCAUCACUACCACCCACCCACCACGAAGCCCACCAACUCCUCCGCCUCCGGCCGCGACCCAGGCCCGACGCGACGCGGCGCCGCGAGGACCGGCCGGAGGAGGGAAGCGGGGGGGCAUGUGCGAGGGGAGGCGGCUGGCCGACGCGCGGCGGCCGGUGUCGGCGGCGGCGGAGCUGCGGAGGAGGGAGGCCGCGGCGGACGCGCAGCUGGCGGCGGCGCGGGCGCGGCUGGCCGAGGCGCUGGCGGAGCUGGAGCGGGCCCGGGCGCGCGCCGCCGAGCUGCAGCGCCGCCUCGAGGAGACGUACGGGAAGCGGCGCGGGCUGAAGCGGGUGGCCGCCGCCGCGCGGGAGCGGAUCCAGGAGACCCGCGCGCGCCUCCAGGAGCGGCCGCAGCCGGAGCCUCCAGCCGGAUCCGAUCCCGCCGCCGCGUCUUCCUCCGCCUCCUAGGAGGGACGGCGGUUGGUGUCAUGGUGCGAGCUGUUGCUGCAGAAUGAUCAGCUGAUCGAGUGGCUUAAUUUUUCAGAUACAGAGGGAGCUUAGGCUUUGUGUAAUAUACAUAUCACGAGUAGUGUUGAUUAUCAGAGACUGAGAUGGUGGUGGUAAUUUAGCGGUAGAAACAUUCUAAUCCAUAAUAAAGAAAAACAUUCUAAUCCUUCAAGGUCACGAAGAUUUUGGUUUUUUUUUUUUUGGUAAUCUAGCUUUUUUUUUUGGUUUUACGCUA